AUGGCGAUUGCAACUCUGCAGAGACUGGCAUCUCAAAUCUCCAAAACCCCCACUUUAUCCCUUUCUUCCAGAAUCGUAAUCUACCGCUCCUCCGCCACCUCCACCUCCACCGCGUCAUCCAGCGCAAAGGUGGCCGAUCGCAUCGUCAAGCUUUCCGCGAUCGAUCCCGAUGGCUUGAAGCGCGAUAUCAUUGGUCUAUCUGGCCAUACUCUUCUCAAGGCGUUGACUAACCACGGAUUGAUCGACCCGGCUUCCCACAGGCUCGAGGAGAUCGAAGCCUGCUCGGCUGAGUGCGAGGUCCACAUCGCUCAGGAAUGGCUGGACAAGCUUCCCCCUCCGACCUAUGACGAGCAGUAUGUCCUUCAGAGGAAUUCUAGGAAUAGAGUUUUGAACAAGCAUUCCAGGCUUGGGUGCCAGGUGGUCCUUACUCCUGAGCUUCAGGGAAUGGUCGUUGCCGUGCCGGAGCCAAAGGCUUGGGACAUUCCGUAA